ACCUCAGUCUGGAGCUUAGUCUUCACUGGGAGCGAACUGCAGCGAAAAGCGGGAUUUAACCAUCUAAAAUGUUGCGAGAAACGCUGUUGGUUUUGCUUGUUUUGGCGGUUUGUCAUGCCAAGGAGCUAAAGAGCAAGAGUAAGGUGUGUGCAAAUGUAUUUUGUGGAGCAGGGCGAGAGUGUGCAGUGACCGAAAAAGGAGAACCCACCUGUCUGUGUAUUGAGCAAUGUAAACCCCAUAAGCGCUCAGUGUGUGGCAGUAAUGGGAAGACAUACCGCAACCACUGUGAGCUUCACCGUGAUGCCUGUCUGACUGGACUUAAGGUGCACGUGGCCUAUGAUGGACACUGUGAAGAGAAAAAGUCAGGCAAGGCUGCUGCCAGCCCAAUUGUGUGUUACUUGGCGGACCGUAACGAGUUGAGGAACCGUGUGAUCAAUUGGCUGCAGACUGAAGUGGUUUCAGACGGCUGGUUCACCAAAGGCUCCAACUUCAGCGACAUACUGCUGAAAUACUUUCAGAACUAUGAUAAUGGAGAUGCUCAGCUGGACUCCACUGAGUUCCUCAAGUUUAUUCAACACAACGAAACUGCCAUUAACAUCACCUCAUACGCUAAUGAAGAGAACAACCGCCUGCUUAGGAGUCUGUGCGUGGACGCCCUGAUUGAGCUGUCAGAUGAGAAUGCUGAUUGGAAAUUAAGUUUCGAUGAGUUUCUCAACUGCCUCAAGCCUGGCUUCAACCCUCCAGAGAAAAAGUGUGCUCUGGAGGAUGAGACUUAUGAGGACGGUGCUGAGACUCAGGUGGAGUGUAACCGCUGUGUCUGUGCCUGUGGGAACUGGGUCUGCACGGCCAUCACCUGUGAUGGUUCAGAGAAGUUGCCUGCUGAAGAAAUGGAGGCAGCUGAGAAGGAAAUGACAGAGGAAGAGUGGAGCCGCAGAGUGGCUGAGCUCAACAAACAUCAGGAGACUGUCGAGAAGAUGAAAGGGAGAACCAAAGAGGUCUGAGUAAAGAUGGACACUGUCGUAGGAGAAGGAAACUCCUGAGAUAAUACAGGAUGCAUGUGACAGCCACUCCUCUUCCGUCCACUGUAGUGCUCAAGUUGUACUGUCCUUCACAAACGUGUUUUUGUAUCAUUUUUUAUUACUGUGUUAAUUAUUCUUAUAUUCAGUAUAAGCCAUUUUCAUGCUUGGGGUUUUUAAUGUGGGGGGCUAUUGAAUACAGAUCUAUUUUCACAAGUUUUUAAUGUAUGGUUUAGCAAGUUGAAAUGAAAAAGUGAUUGAAAUGUAAUCAAGAGUCGCUUCAGCACAUAUAUAGGAAUCAUAUAAUCAUUUGAAUUAAGACAUCGUACACAAUAACACAUCGUACCGACAUCAGUAUUCUUAAUAGAAACAGUUAAUGUGUGCAAAGCAACAGCAGAUAGAACCGUUGCACCACUGAUCAACAUACUGUGGAAUAUCAGGUGACAGUUUAUUUUGCACAGUUUGAAAAUUUAUAUAAAAUAAUUUACUAUUAGCUCAGGAUAACUCACUCACUUAAAAAUUAUUGUAAUAUGACCAAAAAUUUUCAUUGUCAAAGUGAAUUUGGGGGAAAAGCUUAAGCUAGAUAUGUUUCAUUUUGUCCAAACACUCCAGUGUCUAAAGUCUGCUUAAAAUGAUUGGAAACAUGAAUAAUACAACAAGUUAAGGCACUUUCCAAACAUUUACAUGUAAGCAGACUCUUUUACAUGUAGGGAGACUCUUUUGCAAAAAAAGUAAGCCAUAAGUAAAAGCCAGCAAUUAACUCCCAUUUCCCAGCACAGAACAUAAACAAAAUGUCCAGAGUAUUAUAUUUGACUGGGCAGAUCAUCACAUUAACUACUGCAUGAUUGCAUGAUCAGUUUCUGGCCACAGGUGCUUUAAAACAGUUGAACAGUGAAUAAGACAAAUAUUGUUCUACCACCUUCUCGGAAACCUAUAUUGCAAAUUUCCAGUUUCAUUGCAACACUUCGGCCCAAAAUAAAUAGUACUGCCACUGCAAAUUUAAGUAAGUCCACAACACUGCCACAAAAGAUUAGUGGAAUUGAUUGUAGAUUAUUAAAAAUUGACAAUAGAGAAGGAGGAAAAGAAUAACUGAGAAAAUAUAACAAGUUAAAUUCAACACUUAUUACUGUCUAGUAAGAUAGCAGGCGUUUUUCAAUUUGCUUGUCAGCUAAAAACUAGUUACUUAAAAAUGUUUGACUAAUAUCAUAUUCCUGCUUUCUUUUAUGAUUAGGAGAAAAUAUUUUAUAUAGUAGCCAUUGAACUGCAUAUAAUUUAGAGAUGUAGCAUCUUGAUCUCUAGACCAGAACAUUAUCAUUUACUGACACCACUACACAGAUACACACCAUUGUUUUCAUUGUUCAUGAACUCAAUGUAAAACAUUCUAUGGAAUCUGGUGAACUGAUGAACUGUGUAGUUGCUGUUCACUCAUCCAACUGCCACACAUGGUGCUACAACAUACCUGGCAUAAAGGUGCCAAUAAUCUCAUGUACUGUAUUUAAAUAAAUAUAUAUUUAAAUAGAUUGUA